GCCGUGGGCGUGGCCCGGGCAGGGCCGGGAGCCGCCGGGAGCCGCCGGGAGCCGCCGGAGCCGCCGCCCGCCAUGGAGCCCAACAGCCCCCGCAAGAUCCAGUUCACGGUGCCGCUGCUGGAGCCGCACCUCGACCCGGAGGCGGCCGAGCAGAUCCGGAGGCGCCGACCGACUCCUGCCAACCUGGUCCUGAGCAGCGACCAGUCGUCCCCAGAGAUCGAUGAGGACCGGCUGCCCAACCCCCUGCUGAAGUCGGGUCUGGCCAUGUCACCCAGGCAGAGGAAGAAGGUUUCCCGCACCACCCCGACCAUGAAAGAGCUGCAGAUGAUGGUGGAGCAUCACCUGUGCAAGCAGGCGCAGGGCGAGGAAGAAGAGGAGGAGGCGGCCGUCGCCGGCCAGGAACGUGGCCCCGGCCGCUGCCACCACGGUGACACCGAGCACAGCCACAGCCCCGGCGGCACUUGCCCGCUGGCCACGCACGAGGGUGGUCCCGGCCCCGGCGAGUGGACCCACGGGGACGGGCGGCAAAGCCUGGCCGAGGAGGGCACCCAUAUAGCACCGAAGGAGGCCAGCGGCAAGGGUGCUGCCGGCAGCCAGUAGGUGCCAGCGGUGACAGGAGCGAGGCCGCGGCGGGGCCGAAGGAGCCGAACGCCGCGUUAUUUUUUUUAUCUGAUCGUUUUCUAAGAUUUCAACGGCUGCUUUGGGGCUUCCGGAGGAUUUUUUUUAUUUUAUUUUAUUUUUUUUUUUAAUUGCCACGGGCAGGUCUGUCCCCCCCCCGGGGGGGGGCUCUGGGGAUGAUGGCAGGCCGGGAUGCCCACCCUGUCCCCUCGCCACCCCCCUGCCCCAGGUCCCCAGGGUGGGUGACGCUGGGGACACCGAGCAGCACCCGUCCAGCACGGCUCGUGCCACCCCCCCCCCCCCGCCCACUGCCAGCCCCGGGGUGUCCCCAGGGCCCCCCGCCCCGGCCACCCCGCUGUCACCGCCCGCCCCAGGCUGGGGGACACGCGGCCUCGCUGCUCCCAAGGACACGAGGGAGCUGCACCCUGCCCGGCACACGCGCGCGCGUGCAUGCACACACGGGUUAGCGUGCACGCUUGCACACGCGUGGCGGGGAGGCGUGCACGCGCACGUACCUGGGGGGGAGACCCGGGCAUUUGCACACCCCCCUGCACACACACGGGGGGGGGGGUGAGCACACCCACGCACUUUGCACUUGUGAGUCGCAUGCACACCCACGUGCGUACACACAGAGCACACGUGCACACACCUGGGCGGGCGUGGGGACCCCCCCCCCCCCGCCUCAGCCGGUAUUAAAGGGAUCCCUUCUC